AAGCCAUUUAUGAUUAUGGUUGCACUUUAUUAAACCCUAAUUUCUGCUAAUGUGUACAACUAAGCAAGAAAAGGUAAAAACAGAGCAAUGUAAUGUACUUUUAUUAAAUGAAGGGGCUGGGGGUGAAUGGUGGCUGUUGAGGUGGAUGGACAGAUGAUUGAGAUGCAUGAAAUGUUCUAAUUUUUCAUCUCUAUUGCACAAUUGUGCCAUCCAUCCUCUGUUCUCUCUUUCACGGGAAAUCACUGAAGCCAUAAAGGAAGUGGUUUGAAUAGUGGCGCAAUGUGGGAACAAAUCACUAAAUACAACGUGGAAGUGGGCGUUUGUGUGGGCGUUUACAAAAUGCAACAGGCGCUUAAGUCCCGGUUGUCGAACUUCUUCCUGCCUGAGAGAAGCCAGAUCUUGGAAAAGCUUUUCCUUAACCCCAAACUGACUUGUGUGUUAAUAUUUUUAACUAACUCCCAGAUCCGAGUCAGAAAAUCAAGCUUGAGGAUAGUCUGCCAACAGGGCGUGUUCUCAUACAACAGCUGGAAAUACUUUUGAGUCUCAUUCUGCUCACGGCAGCAUCAUGACUGGUAGAGGGAGAGGAAAACCAUGCAAGGCGAAGAGUCCUGAUGCUGAAGGAGCCAAGCGCAAAACUAGACUUGACAAAAUUAAACAAGUACCUCUUCCUAGCAGUCAAGACGAUACAGAGAAGGAGAAUGAAACUGCAAACAAACGGAAACCAAAGCAGAAACAGGUAAACCACGGUGAGGAGAAGCCAUCUGUACAGAAUGCCAGAGAAGAAGCAAACCUAAGGACAAAUAAAGAAGACACAAAGACUCCUGCAAAAGGCACAAAUGCCAAAACUUGUGCUGACAGGACCAAGCCAAUGGAGCGAUUUGCAGUGGAACCUGAGAAACCUGGACGAACCAUAAAAAGAUGUGGUGGGAAAGCCAAAGCAGGAGAACAAAAUCCAGAGGUCAUGACUAAGAUGAAGUCAGACAUACCAAAUGACACUACAAAGGCUUCUACACCUAAAGCAAAAGCAUGUGGUGGUAAGGCAAAACCACGAGUUAAAUUUGCUGAGGAGACACCAGAGACGCAGCUGGAACAUGCAGAAGCCAAAACCAGAAAGGUUCCUGAAGAGGAAAAGCUAGGAAAAGCUAAAACAUGUGCAGACGAAGCAAAACUGAUGGAAGAAUCCAUUGAGAGGGCAAUCACACCAAAGGACAAAACUGCAGUGGACUCCAUUCUCAACACAACUCUGAAAAACUUGAAGAUUAAAAAGAACGACAGAUCAAAAGCAUCGCAGGUCGUCAAUGAAAUAACAGAUAAUAUUAUCAAGCAUUUAAAACAGAACACGCAAUGCUUUAAAGAAGUAGAAGAACCACUACGCUCCGGAAGUUACUAUGAAAAUUUAAAGAUAUCCAGUCCUGAUGAAUUUGACGUCAUGGUGCCCAUUCUGGUUGAGCGAAUCAACGUUGAACCAUUCGGAGACGACGGCGCGUUUUACAGCGUGGCGUUAAAACGUGGCAACAGUCUGCUGAAAACAUUUCAAGAGAAUGACAUUUUAUGUGCCAGCAAAAUGCUUCAGGAGUUCAGGGAAGAAGUGAAGAAAUGUGUAAAAAAAUAUAAAGAAUGGGUGGUGACCAAAAAGAAACCCGGCUGCCCUGCAGUGACCCUGACCAGAGAAGUAGAAUCAGUCACCAUUUCUCUGGAUGUUGUUCUCUGUCUCAAGGUUAAAUCAAGCUGGCCGUCUUUCACAAAAGAAGGCCUUAAAAUAGAGGGCUGGCUUGGAGCUAAAGUAAGACAGGACCACAGGCUAAAGCCUUACUAUCUUGUCCCAAAGUACGAAGGCAAGGGUAACGUGGAAAAUGAUAAUGGAGUACUAGCUAAAGAUAUUUGGCGAGUUUCAUUCUCUCACGUUGAGAAGGCCAUUCUGCUGAAUCAUGGAUCAGAGAAGACAUGCUGCGAAAGAGAGGGAGCCUCCUGCUGCAGGAAAGACUGCUUGAAGCUCCUAAAGCAUCUUCUGAGCCUGCUGAAGGAAAACGACUCCUCAUUUGACAAGUUCUGCUCCUACCACGCCAAGACCACGCUCUUUCACGCCUGCUGCUCCAGAACUAAAGACAGCGACUGGAAGGCGUCAGAUCUGAGCCUCUGUUUCCAUCUGCUGCUGGAGGACUUCGAAGGCCACCUACAAAGAGGUGAACUCCCCAACUUCUUCAUACCCAGUCAGAACCUGAUCUCUGGACCCGGCAGGAAGAAGUGCAAACAUCUGGCCGAUCGAAUCAAGGAGGAACGCCACAAAGGCUUUCCUAUUUUCAGGCAACAACUUCAUGUUAAGGGUUUGGUUUGAGACUUUAUCAGCCCCACAGAGUCUGAAACAACCAAGUAAAAACUGAGAAACUAAACCAAAGGUCAUCUGAAACUAAAUAAAAAUAGCUUUUAUGUAUUUGAAUGUAUGUUCAACAAUUUCUAUGUUGUGUUUACUGAAAACCUGUUUCAAAUAAAUAUAUUUGCCUUUUCAUUGCUCAUA